GGUGGUGGUGAUGAUGAUGAAGAUGAAAAGGACAGUGCAUUACGAAUCCAUGAUGGAGGACAUGGAGAUAUUCUAAAAGGAUUCGUGACAUGUGCUGUUGGAGUGUGACAAAAAUAUUCUCUAAGUGACGGUGUGUUCAAAGGAAAAGAACAAUAAAGUCGAGAGGAAAGACAUGUCGUCUUGAGGGCAGGCACAAUUGGGUGCCUGCUUUUAUCUCGGGAAUGAUCGUGAGGCCAUCCACUGUGGCUAAGCUUACUUUCAGCAGUUGCCCAUAACCGGUACUUCAAUGGUGUCGUGACAGGGGGAGGACAAAUAUUUAUUUAUUUAUUUUCCAGCGGGCUAUAAACACAAGGCUUCAUGGUGGCGUCCCAGCUACUAUAGGAGUCCUGAGAGGAUACAUUCGGGGGGAGGGGAGAUACUGAAAGAAAAAUAGAGAAGGGAAGAAGGGAAAACAAAGAGGAAGAAGUAAAGGCAACGCAUUUAGGAGGAGGGAACACGUGGAAUAUAGGAGACUGCGUUUGCGCCGUUUCUAAAGAGAGGAGACAACUCAGCCAGUAAGGCAGCUCCAUAAUGUUUUUAAUUUGACUAGACUAGACCUAAUUUAAGUUUUCGCGUUUUACUCAUAUGGACUUAUUGCUGCUGAACAUUACCAACUAGCUACUCUAAACUCUGUGAGAUUUGUGGGCAAAAAAGAGACAAAAGACAUGGAAAAUUCUGCAUCCAGGAGGGGACAAACGAAGUUCUUCAGAGAGUCAUUGUUGCUUUGCUUGUUUGCCGGGCGAGGCCAAGCACAGUGUGAUGGCUGUUUGGAGUACUGCUGUGAUGGCGUGCCUCCUUUCUGCUGUUCCUACUACGCCUACGUGGGUGAUGUCCUCUCGGGGACGGCAAUAUCCGGCAUUGUUUUUGGCGUGGUGUUUCUGAUGGGGGCGGUCGCGGCAGGCUUUCUGUUUGUGUGCAUGUGUGUGAAGAACGGUCGAGGGGCCCGCGUUGGAGUCUUCAGCACGUCCUACAUCAACACGGUGUCCCAGGGAUAUCCAGGUCCUCCUCCCCCCUACACCUACGACUACGACUACGAGAUGUACCCUACCGAUCUCCGCCUGCCACCAUACACGCCCACCCCCCCGUCCAGGGGCGCAAAUUACUCACCCCCUCCCCCGUAUCCAGGCUACACCCGGAAGUGAGCCGUUAUCUGGAUCUGUCGGCGCAGCCUUCGCUCUUCAUCAUGGGGGGAGGUUAGACGGCCUCCCAGUGCGGGAGCCUGUAUGGUAUCGUCAGGCCGCAAACUAACACAAAAGAGCUGGAGGACCUUUCGCCAAAGUGUAUGAACUGCCCAGUUCUUUUCUGGUUUAGACCACUGAUGCUGAGCCAUCUGACUGGUUGGACACGGUUGGAUCAGUCCAAGUGGUCCUCAAAGCCAUGAGGGAAACAGAAGUUGUUGUUGCCUGCACAGAGAAUAUGGGGCUUUCUCAGAGGACAAUUGUGAGCACAUUAAGUAUAGAAAUGCGUCUGUGUUGUUGCCCGAAAGGACAUGACUGUAAACUAUAUUUGAAUGACAGUGGGUCAAAGAGAACAUAAAUUAAAGAAGUGGACAGAAAAGGGCCGAGCAUAGACUGAAUUCAUCGGACAUCAUCCAACUGAAACUUGAAGAAAACCUAAGGAUAACUUGACUCUGAGAUGGGAAUACGAUUCUUCUGCAUCUUGUAUGCUGUUAUGUAUCAGUGAUGUAUUUUCCCAUUCUAGCUUUUGGUAUGUUUUUUCUUCAUGUUAUGAAAUGUAAUGUCAUAAAAAGUUUUAAUGUGAUACGCUGAGAUUUGACAAAUGCAGAUCACAGUUGUGUUUGACAUAGUAAAUCUUGUGGGCGUAUCUAAUAAAUG